AUGGACAACUCACCAUAUCCAUUGACGUCGAAACCUGGCCUUCCUGACCGCUCGGACUCGUCAUCCUCGUCGUCAGUGGACCAUCAAGAGAUGGAGAUACACACGCCCGUCCCAACUCGCCCGCGUCUGCACAGUCGGAAGAGCAGUGGCACUCUCAUAGUCCCCCGUGACUCUUUUCUAGUUGGGCCCUCAGAACCCGAUUGGGAGCCUGACGACGUUCGAGCCAUGAGUCCGCGGAGGACAAGUGAGGAUUUGGAGAAUCUGGGCCGUGAGGCACGAGAGGAGCUUCAGAGACACGCAUCGGCGCUACAAGACUCCCUUCUGAUGAUAUUUCACCGGAUAGAAGCCGUCAAGGAGGAACACGACAAGCUGGACAACAACAAUAAGUUUCUGCAGAAGUAUAUUGGCGACUUGAUGAGCACAACGAUCGCGGACGCGCGCCCCGACGCCCUGGUCCAGGUCGAACCCAAGGGGCCGUUGUUCCGGGAGAAGAUCUUCUCGUCGGAGUUCUCGCGGCCCUGGGGUCUGACGUCCAUCCCGCUGGCGUAUGAGCCGUACCCGAAUACAUUCGUGAAUGCCUCUUCGAUGGCACCGCUCGCGACACGGGUCGUUGUCUCGAAUUCCACAGAAAAUCGGAUGGCGUGUGUGCUGCAGGCUGAGCAACCGGCUAGGCAGCUGCCGACCCUGGCCAAGGUGCCGAUCUUGAUCGAUAAGGGCGAGGCCUCGUACCAAAAUAUGUACGACUACUGCUUCGCGAAGUUCCUGAGAUAG